AUGUAUCGCUCCUCGACCGGUGCCUUGGACCAUUACGACGACCCGCCUCAUGGCGGCGAGCGAUGGGAUCGCGACAGGUUUGAGCGCAUGGCCCGGCGCGGCGGACCUCCUCGCGACGUGAAGGACGACUUCCACUUCCACGAGCGCGACCGGUUCCCUGGUGGCCGUCGUGACAUAGAUCUUCACGACGACUAUGAGCGCCGCGGCCCUCGCGUCAUGGAGCGCGAGACGUUCCGCGAAGACGACCGCUUCGACCGACGCCGCCGCCAUGAGCUCUUCGAAGAGCCCACGCCUUCCGAGGUUGCCAAUCGAGCACUUGCCCCGUACCGACGCAAGUCUGUUGUAGAACGGGAUAUUGACAUCGAUAUUGAGAGGGAGAGGCCGAGAAGACCUGCUCGUCCUCAAUACAUUCGUCGACAGUCUUCCCUGGAUACCUUCGAUCGCCGCCCGCUUCCGCGCUAUGGUGACAUGGAGAGGGACGAAUGGCGACCUCCAGCAAAUGUCCCGAUUCCUCUGCCCAUCCGAGAGCGCCGGCGCUCGCCUCCACGGUACCGGGAGGAAGAAUUCGAGGAAGAACGCUUCGUCGAGAGGGAUCGUCCCGGGAGGAAAGACAGAGUCGAGGAAUACCGUGAAGUCGAGGUCCACCGAGCGAAGAGCAGGCGCCGACCCAGUCCUUCGCGCAGUAUUGCACGAUCCGUCGCACGUAGCUCUUCCACUUCCAGCUUCGAGGAGAUCAAGCUUGCCAGAGCAGAUUGGGGAAAGAAGGGCAAAACUCGGCUUCCAAAGCGUUUGUGCAAAGUUCAGGCUGUGACCGAGCUCGGCUACCCUUACGAGGAAGAGGCAAGUACCAUUAUGGAUUUAUGA